UUUUCUGGCGAGCAGUAUUUUUUUCGUUCGCACAUUGGAGUCACCACUGGUCUGGGCGUUAUAUGCGGCGGCUUGGCGCCUUGUAGAGCGGCCAGCAUGUCUGAACGAGGAGAUGAACUGGAGACAGCGAAGGCUGUCAUCCGAGCUCUGCUUAUUGCCGUUAAGCGACAGCUGACGGUGAGGAGUUUGCUGUUAGCAUUUAAGGAUAGCGAGGGCCACGAGUUGCCAUACACAAGGUUUGGCUUUGGGGACCCAUUAAGCUUUCUUCGUAGUAUCCCUGACACUGUACAAUUGUCGCAAAUAGGCAGUGUCACCUACGUCAGUGCGAUUGUGACAGAAGAGGUCGAGCAUCUCCAGAGUCUGGUCAGAGGUCAAAAGGAAUCAUAUUGUAGGCCUUUACGCUGUCCGUCGAAGUACAGUGUGGCGCUGGAGCAGUUGAAGACCAACUUGCGCGUACUUCUGGCCGACCACAUUACGAAUGGUAUCAACGCCCACGAGCUUCAGGAUCGUUACACCAAGAGAUUUGGCCACCACAUCAACUACGCAUUCUUGGGCUACAGCACAUUCGAAGAGUUCCUCAUCGACAUGCCUGACGUCAUGUGCCCUGUACGCAACUCGACCGGGGCUGUGAAGGUGUUUCUCAGCAAGAGAAGCAUUGCUGUGCCACUUCUGCUUUCAGAGAAGCAAUUGCCAACUUUCACAGGGCAUCAUGCGACUAAGAAGCAACCUCUGUCAACUCAAUUGCCUGCCAAGAAAGUCCUGAAGCCCCUGCAGGAACUUGUCAGGACAGCCAACAGUUGGCUACCACUUCAUGCAGAUAUGGAGCCACGAAUGCUGGAUUCAUACCAAAGCAAUUCUACAGGGCAAUCACUCUGUUCAGAUAUGCACCCUACAGGCGUGGAGCUGCAACGGCUGGAAUCUUUGCAAAGCAGGCCUACAGAGCGGUCACUCCAGCACGACACUCAGCCUGCAGGCAUGGCACCGCAAAUACUGGAAUCGGGGCGAAGCAGGCCUGCAGGUCACUCAUUCCACUCAGAUAUACAGCCGGCAGUUGCUGUGCCACUUCUGCUUUCAGAGAAGCGAUUGCCAACUUUCACAGCGCAUCAUGCGACUAAGAAGCAACCUCUGUCAACUCAAUUGCCUGCCAAGAAAGUCCUGAAGCCCCUGCAGGAACUUGUCAGGACAGCCAACAGUUGGCUACCACUUCAUGCAGAUAUGGAGCCACGAAUGCUGGAUUCAUACGAAAGCAAUUCUACAGGGCAAUCACUCUGUUCAGAUAUGCACCCUACAGGCGUGGAGCCACAACGGCUGGAAUCUUUGCAAAGGAGGCCUACAGAGCGAUCACUCCAGCACGACACUCAGCCUGCAGGCAUGGCACCACAAAUACUGGAAUUGGGGCGAAGCAGGCCUGCAGUUGCUGUGCCACUUCUGCUUUCAGAGAAGCGAUUGCCAACUUUCACAGCGCAUCAUGCGACUAAGAAGCAACCUCUGUCAACUCAAUUGCCUGCCAAGAAAGUCCUGAAGCCCCUGCAGGAACUUGUCAGGACAGCCAACAGUUGGCUACCACUUCAUGCAGAUAUGGAGCCACGAAUGCUGGAUUCAUACGAAAGCAAUUCUACAGGGCAAUCACUCUGUUCAGAUAUGCACCCUACAGGCGUGGAGCCACAACGGCUGGAAUCUUUGCAAAGGAGGCCUACAGAGCGAUCACUCCAGCACGACACUCAGCCUGCAGGCAUGGCACCACAAAUACUGGAAUUGGGGCGAAGCAGGCCUGCAGUUGCUGUGCCACUUCUGCUUUCAGAGAAGCGAUUGCCAACUUUCACAGCGCAUCAUGCGACUAAGAAGCAACCUCUGUCAACUCAAUUGCCUGCCAAGAAAGUCCUGAAGCCCCUGCAGGAACUUGUCAGGACAGCCAACAGUUGGCUACCACUUCAUGCAGAUAUGGAGCCACGAAUGCUGGAUUCAUACGAAAGCAAUUCUACAGGGCAAUCACUCUGUUCAGAUAUGCACCCUACAGGCGUGGAGCCACAACGGCUGGAAUCUUUGCAAAGCAGGCCUACAGAGCGGUCACUCCAGCACGACACUCAGCCUGCAGUUGCUGUGCCACUUCUGCUUUCAGAGAAGCGAUUGCCAACUUUCACAGCGCAUCAUGCGACUAAGAAGCAACCUCUGUCAACUCAAUUGCCUGCCAAGAAAGUCCUGAAGCCCCUGCAGGAACUUGUCAGGACAGCCAACAGUUGGCUACCACUUCAUGCAGAUAUGGAGCCACGAAUGCUGGAUUCAUACGAAAGCAAUUCUACAGGGCAAUCACUCUGUUCAGAUAUGCACCCUACAGGCGUGGAGCCACAACGGCUGGAAUCUUUGCAAAGCAGGCCUACAGAGCGGUCACUCCAGCACGACACUCAGCCUGCAGUUGCUGUGCCACUUCUGCUUUCAGAGAAGCGAUUGCCAACUUUCACAGCGCAUCAUGCGACUAAGAAGCAACCUCUGUCAACUCAAUUGCCUGCCAAGAAAGUCCUGAAGCCCCUGCAGGAACUUGUCAGGACAGCCAACAGUUGGCUACCACUUCAUGCAGAUAUGGAGCCACGAAUGCUGGAUUCAUACCAAAGCAAUUCUACAGGGCAAUCACUCUGUUCAGAUAUGCACCCUACAGGCGUGGAGCCACAACGGCUGGAAUCUUUGCAAAGGAGGCCUACAGAGCGAUCACUCCAGCACGACACUCAGCCUGCAGGCAUGGCACCACAAAUACUGGAAUCGGGGCGAAGCAGGCCUGCAGGUCACGCAUUCCACUCAGAUAUACAGCCGGCAGGCAUGAAGCCACCAAUGCCAGAAUCAUGCCAAACUGAGCCCACAGAACCAUCAGUCCAUGCAGGCAUUCAGCCAAGACGAACACAUCGACAAAAGAACGAACCAUUCCAAAGCAGGUUAAGCCCGCUACCAGAGCUGCCUUUGGAGUGUGAGGAGGCGCCACCCUGCCCAACUAAGUUUGACUCUGAUAUGCUAUGGCGGAGAAUAACGAUUACUCGGAGUGAUCCUGAUCGGUGGGAGGCCUUGUGCGUCAUGAAUCCUCAGCUCGAGACAAAUAUUCAAAUGGUGGCGGGGCAGCAUCCUGAGGGUGUACGGCUAUCAUGGUUUUCAGAGGUGUACAAGGAAGUGAUCGGCACUGAGCUAUGUCCUGGGGACUACGGCUACAACAACAUCCGGGACCUUAUUAUUGACUUCAGACACGUGGUGUCAAUGAGACCUAUUCCUGACGGAGACAUGAUGAUCAGUCUGCAUACUGUGCCAAAUUUGGCACUAUGGAUUUGGGCAUGAUGGAUAUGGGCGACAAAAGAAGGAAGCAGCAAGGAAUAUGUCACACCUUGUACAUGAGCUGGAGCUGAGCAGUUGGUGCUUGCAAUAAAAUGUGCUCGUAUU